AUGCGAUCCACACAGGGCUCAAGAGAUGAAGGAACAGAACACCACCAACAACAGGCAUGGCAAAAAUGCAAGAGAGAGGAAAUGCAGAGCAAACAGCACACACCUGACACAAACUCCCAAGGCCAUGCCCCUCAAAAGCAGCCUCGGACCUCAUCUCCUGAAGCGCCUUCGGGUCAUGUGGGCCCAUCCAUCUCAGAACCCGACACCAUCCCCAUCGGCCCCAUCCUCCUGGCACAGGAGACCCUCACAACCAUUGUGACACCCCACCCAAUGCGUGACAUUGCCGUCAUGACAGACACGCCCAGCCCUCCCAUCAAUUGUUCCUCCAUUCCAGAUGACCAAGCAUACCCCUCACCCACCUUGUCUGCACUCACCAACCUAGAGUUCUGUGAUCUGGCAAAUCCUAUCAUUGGCUCCCAAGUCCAUGAACAAUCAGAUACCAUUCAAUGGGACGAUGGAUCUACCACUGCUUCCAUGCAUCAUGAAGAACGGCAUAAAUAUAUGCAAAGAAGACGCCCUUGCAGUAUCCAUAGCGAUUGGCGCUUUACAAGCCGACAGUUAUGCAACGAGAUAUUUGCAGCGCUUCACAUCAACAAAGCCAUUGUCAUUCGGCAAGUGAGCACACCCGAGCCUGCAACACUUGAUUUAGAGUACCUGGAAGAUUGUGGAAUGUCAGACCUCAUGCGUGUUGUAGUACGUGACGCUGAACAAUGCACGAAGGAUUUUCCGUAUCCCCACCAGAACGCAACGCUUGCAGAAUUCAUACGCAACAUACACGACCCCAACAAGAUACAAUGUAUACUUGAUGUUCCAUAUGGACAGGGCGGUCUCCUGUCAUAUCUGAGUACUCUCGACAGUGGCAUUACCAACGGAUGGAAUCAAACCACAGUCAAUGGCCCCAUCGGUGACAAAGUCCAUCCAGACAACUUCAUCGUACAUUCAUGGUCCUUGCUCCACAGGCCCGCAUAUUGGACAAAUUCCCACCACGACUCUGAUGGCAGCGUGACCUUUGUUCAAAUUGACACUGGCGAGAAAAAAUGA